GUAGAUGGUCCUACCCCGCCCCUUAGUUGAAGGCGGUGACGGCUGCUUCUGCGGCACCGCUCCUCCUAGGAUGGCUACCCUGGUUGUAAACAAGCCUGGAGCGGGACUAGACAGUGGCCGUCAGGGCAGCCGGGGUACGGCCGUGGUGAAGGUGCUGGAGUGUGGAGUUUGUGAAGAUGUCUUUUCUUUGCAAGGAGACAAAGUUCCUCGCCUUCUGCUUUGUGGCCACACAGUCUGUCAUGACUGUCUUACCCGCCUGCCUCUUCAUGGAAGAGCAAUCCGUUGCCCUUUUGAUCGACAAGUAACAGAUCUAGGAGAUUCAGGUGUUUGGGGAUUGAAAAAAAAUUUUGCUUUAUUGGAGCUUUUGGAACGACUACAGAAUGGACAUAUUGGCCAAUAUGGAGUUGCAGAAGAAGCCAUUGGGAUAUCUGGAGAGAGUAUCAUUCGUUGUGAUGAAGAUGAAGCUCACGUUGCGUCUGUAUAUUGCACUGUGUGUGCAACUCACUUGUGCUCAGAGUGUUCUCAAGUUACUCAUUCUACGAAGACAUUAGCAAAGCACAGACGAGUGCCUCUGGCUGACAAACCUCAUGAGAAAACCAUGUGCUCUCAGCAUCAGGUACACGCCAUUGAGUUUGUUUGCUUGGAAGAAGGCUGUCAGACUAGUCCACUUAUGUGCUGUGUCUGCAAAGAGUAUGGAAAACACCAAGGUCACAAGCAUUCAGUAUUGGAACCAGAAGCUAACCAGAUCCGAGCAUCAAUUUUAGAUAUGGCUCACUGUAUACGGACCUUCACUGAGGAAAUCUCAGAUUAUUCCAGAAAAUUAGUUGGAAUCGUUCAGCACAUUGAAGGAGGAGAACAAAUAGUGGAAGAUGGAAUUGGAAUGGCCCACACAGAACAUGUACCGGGUACUGCAGAGAAUGCCCGGUCAUGUGUCCGAGCUUAUUUUUCUGAUCUUCAUGAAACUCUGUGUCGUCAAGAAGAAAUGGCUCUAAGUGUUGUUGAUGCUCAUGUUCGAGAAAAACUGAUUUGGCUCAGGCAGCAACAAGAAGAUAUGACUAUUUUGUUGUCCCAAGUUUCAACAGCCUGUCUUCAUUGUGAAAAGACUUUGCAACAAGAUGAUUGUAGAGUUGUUUUGGCAAAACAGGAAAUUACAAGGUUACUGGAAACAUUGCAAAAACAGCAGCAGCAGUUUACAGAGGUUGCAGAUCACAUUCAAUUGGAUGCCAGCAUCCCUGUCACUUUUACAAAGGACAAUAGAGUUCACAUUGGACCAAAAAUGGAAAUUCGAGUUGUUACAUUAGGAUUAGAUGGUGCUGGAAAAACUACUAUUUUGUUUAAGUUAAAACAGGAUGAAUUCAUGCAGCCUAUUCCAACAAUUGGUUUUAAUGUGGAAACUGUAGAGUACAAAAAUCUGAAGUUCACUAUUUGGGAUGUAGGUGGAAAACACAAAUUAAGACCAUUGUGGAAACAUUAUUACCUCAAUACCCAAGCUGUUGUAUUUGUUGUUGACAGCAGUCAUAGAGACAGAGUUAGUGAAGCACACAGUGAACUUGCAAAGUUGUUAACAGAGAAAGAACUCCGAGAUGCUUUGCUCCUGAUUUUUGCUAACAAACAGGAUGUUGCUGGAGCUCUGUCAGUAGAAGAGAUCACUGAACAACUUAGUCUGCAUAAAUUGUGCUGUGGCCGUAGCUGGUAUAUUCAGGGCUGUGAUGCUCGAAGUGGUAUGGGACUAUACGAAGGGUUGGAUUGGCUUUCACGGCAACUUGUGGCUGCUGGAGUAUUGGAUGUUGCUUGAUUUUAAAUGCAGCAGUUAUUUAAACUCUUUUGUGGUCAAGAGUUAUUUUGCACAUAAUAUAAGAAAUUCUACAUCUCAAAGAUAGUUUAUUUAGGGUGUAUAUUUAAAAUGAAUCUUGGUUGGGGAAUUCAGUACAAUAUGGCUUUGAAAAAAGUUACUAUUAAACAUUUGACUGAACAGAUUAAAUUGCAUUAAACAGGGACUUCUUAAAUAUACAUUUUUUAAAACAUACAUUUGUUAUUUAAGUUUUUCACAUUAUAUGUGAUCCCUAUGUUGGGAAAGAAGUAGUCACAGAGAAAGGGUAAGUGAAGGUUUAUUGUUUCAGUGAAAAAAGAAUAGCCAACUGAGUGCCUAAUGCAAACUUUGUGAAGCAAAUAAAACAUAGCUGCUUUAACUUGCCUUUUCACUGGAUUUUGGCAGUGUUUAAUAGCAAAACACCAGUGACUUAAUGAAAUAGAAUCCAAACUGCAUCUUUGGGUAAUAGGAUUACUUUACUUUUAUGUUCAAUAUAACAGAACACUUUUAAUGCUAAGAACUAUAAACUACAUAAAAUUAGUAUUUUAUAGUGUUUUAUUAAAACUUUCUCCUAAGCCCUUUUGUAUAAAACCCACUGAGUCAGAUGAAAUGCUAUCUAAAUAGGUAUGGCUGUCAGAUUAGUAUUAAACUGAAGAACAAUAAUAAAACUGUGAAAGUCAGUUAUGUUGUAGUUAAUCUUCACUUAUGAAAGACCCAUUUCCAGGGUUGAACCUGGUUAUAUUAUUUCCUAGUUCACAGCUCUAAAUUGGUCCUUCUGUUUUUCAACAUGUUUAAAGUAGUUAGUAGAGUUCCUUUUAAAAAUAAUAUUGCAUCCUUAGUGGGAAUGAUUAUAGGUAAAAUGUAGUUAAGUUACACAUAGAGCCAGGGUUGGCUUUAAGUAAAAGACAGAAGUAGAAAUGCAGAAAACUACAUUUAUCUUUAGACAAGGCAUUUAAGCAGUGGAGAAUCAGUUACGUUAAGUGCUUUCCCAAAAUAAAUGCAUUUAUCUUGACAAAAUGUUAUCAAGGCUCUUCGUAAGGCUUUGAAAAGUUAUUUGAGAAAGAAUAUGUCUAAGAAAAGAUAAGAAAUGUUCAGAAAGUUUACAUCACAUUUAUUAUGCAUUGUUGUAAAAGUUUUAAAAUUUUCUGCUUUUUACUGUUUUUCAUUUUUUUAAGGAUACUCACUUAUUAUGGCAGUAGGAUUUACAUCUAAACAUCGCUAGAUUGGAUUUUAUUUUAUUUUUUAUUAAAUGCUCUUCAUCCUUAUAGAUGAAGUUGAAUCCUGUCUUAUUAGUUCAACUGCUAGGAGAUGUGGGUCUUAGGUGGCACUGUUUUGGUUCCGUCUCUUCAAGUGUACUUUUGUUUGUUUAAAAUAAACAGCAUAACUUUUAGAAAACAAAGCGUUAGGAAAAAAAGUCCAUCAGUGUUAUGGGCACUGUGUAAAUAGGUAAAUAUUUCAUCCUUUAUUUUUCAAGUAAAAGUCAUGCUGUUACAAGUGUAAUUUGUGCAUAUAAGUAAUACUUAUGAAUUAAAUUAUUUAAUAUUUGAUUACAGUAACUGUGAAAAAUAAAAAAAAUGUGUUAACAUUUGCCUGUGAGCCCUUGAACUGUUUUCUCUACUAGGUAAUUGAAAAAAAAAAAAAAAGUCUAACACUAACAUGUAAACAUGUUUUUCUUGUAAAUUAUUAAGUUUAUUUCACCAAUUUUGCUAAACUUUGUAAUUCACAUUCUUAGCAUAUUAUUAAACGCAAUGUAAAGUAUGUGCUUAGACCUGAGUAUAAUGUACAUAAUAGUGUUUGUGUGUGAUUUUUUUUUUUUUAAGAAAUAUUUUUCUCAGGCCCUUAUGACUAUUUGUGGUUGUAUUCUUUCACUGAUCAUUAGUUAAGAUUCUGCUAGUUCCCUCUGGGAAAUAUCAAAUUUAAUAACGAGAGAGAUGUUUUAAGUACAGUCUAUUUGGAUUUGCCUCCUAGCUCUGAAUUUCUGUAUUAAGCCUAAAUAUUAUUGUAUGGUUUAUGUAAAGCAGGUUUUACAAGUGUGUAGCCCUGGUGUAUAAUUCCGGAAUGCUUUAUUAUCACCAGAAGCCAUUAUUUGCAUUACAUAUAGGCAGCAAUAAAAUGUUAAAAUCAUUUUAAA